AUGGAGGAAUUUCGGAAGUCAAAAAUAUCUAAAGCAGAGGCAUCCAUCCAGCUCCUCGAGGCCAUUAGCUACCAUGACACCGCCCCUGAAGAAGAGGCAGCGAAACGGUCAGCUUAUGCCGUCUAUCUUGCUGAGCUCGACGAGAUCGAAUCUGCCCAACGAGAAGCUGGAGACAGAGGCGCCAUUCAGGCACCAGGCCCAUCGGAGAAUUCUGCUCAGAUCCUCGCUUCUUCAGAGGCUCUCGAGCCCUCCUCCGCAGUUGGAGACAAGCGCAAGAGAGAUGCCUCUGAUGACUCAGACUCAGAGUGA